AUGGUCCUGCUGGACUUUGGAGCGAUUCCCACGGACAAGGUGAAUUUUGACCUGAAGGUGCAUUUUGUCGCCGGGGCCAAGCGGAUGGGCCAUUGCGACGCUGUGUGGCGCCGGCUGGCCGAGGGCCGGGCCGCGGCAGCGCCCCGCGCCCCCUCGGUCUGUGCGAGUAAAUCCGCAUUUGGCAUUAACUUCUUCCCUCCGUUCCUCCUUGUAGUUAUCAAAUUCCUGGAAGUCUACGAGCGCAGCUUCUGCAGGACAAUUGAGACCCUGGUGGACAUUUUCCAGGAGUACCCCGAUGAGGUGGAGUACAUAUUCAAGCCAUCCUGUGUGCCUCUGAUGAGAUGUGCAGGUUGCUGCGGCGAUGAGGGCCUAGAAUGUGUCCCUGUGGAUGUGUACAACGUCACGAUGGAGAUCAUGAGAAUUAAACCCCAUCAGAGUCAGCACAUAGCACACAUGAGCUUCUUACAGCACAGUAAAUGUGACUGCAGACCAAAGAAAGAUGUCAAAAAUAAACAAGAAAAGUGGGCACAGAAACCCAGAUCUGACGGUCCUUCCUUCAUACCCCAGACCUGGAGCUUGCAUGACCCACAACCAUGGCAGUCGUUCCUAAUGCUUUACCCUGAGUCAGGGAAGUCCCGUCGUGUGUGUCCUACCAGAAUGGAUUCAAGUCACUGUGAGCCUUGCUCAGAAAGGAGAAAGCACUUGUUUGUACAAGAUCCCCAGACCUGUAAAUGUUCCUGCAAAUUCACAGACUCACGUUGCAAGUCGAGGCAGCUUGAGUUAAACGAGCGCACUUGCAGAUGUGAAAAACCGAGACGGUGAGCAGCGGAAAAGAAGGGGGAACAGCCCUGUUUCUGGAGCCUGAUUUCUCGCCUGGACAGAAAAAAACAAAA